AUGAAUACCAUGCUCCAUCAUCAAGAUCUCUCACUCGAUGUCUCGCAACUUCCGGAAGAGCUGCAUCAUCGAAAAACAAAAUUCUUUGGAAAAAGUACUCGUAUCAAGGCAUUCAUUUCUCAUCAUUGGAAUACAAUUAUGGGUGUUGCCAUGAUGGGCGCAUGUUUCUUAAUGGCUCUCGGAUUACUACUUGUCUUGAUGGGAUUUUUAGUACAUUCCGAAGGAGAUUAUUCGAUACAAGCAUCAUGUAAAUUAGUGGAGGCUAUUCAUUGUAAGAAGACAAUAACGACCUCUCAUGAUCCGAGCUUGGAUCAUAUUGAUUUUCAAAAUCCAUUUUUAGAAUAUGUUACAUCGGGGAAUUCCAAAUUAUUUUGUAAUUUUAUUGUGAUUGCAAAUACCGAGAAUCGAACACGUGAGAGUAUUGAUCGAAUUUUGUUUCAGGAGGAGACGGAAGGAGGACAGUCCAAAGACAUUUCUGAUGUAUUCAAUUCUGAGGAUAACAAGCAAUCGUCAAGUUCCGCUGGUCUUCCUGUGUACAUUUCGACAAGACAACGACGCUAUUCUUCAUUGUUUGUGAGGAGGCAAGCAACGUUUGGAUCCAUUAAUUCAACCAUGACAUGUUUUUUAGCCUCAAACGAUCCAGAACACGUCUCUUUUCAUAAAGCCGUUUCGAAUGGCAAGGUUGCAUUGCGAGUGUGUGGAAUAAUUCUCAUGAUUAUUGGAUUAAUUGGUUUGGUAUUCUUUAUUUUGGCUGUGACGUCCAUUCGAAAACAGUGUUUGGAUUUCUUGGGAAGAAUAUUUCGAAAAUAUGGUUUUCGACAAUCCAAACGAUCCGAAGAAGUUCUUUCGUUACGAAACAGUAGGGCUAAUGCCACAAGUAUUCACACUGGAGACGAUGAAGAACGAGAAUAUUUUGAUUAUGUCGAUAAAAAUGAUAGAAGUGAUCGAAAAUUGGUACGAGGAGGAGAAUUGGGUGAAGAGGAGGAUGAAGAUAUCAUGGUUGUGCAGUAG